GGCCAUGCUCUGACCGAGGACGCCAAAGUUGCCAAGUCGCGGGGCCGCCUCCGUCUGAGACACAACACACACAAACACACCAAGCGCGACUCGGCAUGGCCCGGCUCGGCUGCUGCGGCGGCGGCGCCUCUUUCCCGCCCCCUUCCUUCUCCUCCUCCUCCAGCCGGUGGUGGUCCUGUUCCUGGGGGCUUUUCCUUCUCUGGGCCGUGGCAGAAACUCGAGCAGGUGAGAAAGACCACAGACGCGUGUCUGGAAAGUGCCCGGGAACAGCCUUGCUCAGGCUCGGUACUAGGAUACGUUUAGGGGAAACCCGGUUCCAAGGGAGGAGGGAGGGAGUAGCAGCCGGACACCUUUCUGGAAUAGGCUGUCUCUUGUUUUCACCCCCCGCUGCCCCUUGAUGAAAGAGAUGCAACAUUUUAAAAAAAUGCUCACGGAGACGCCGCUCGUUCAGAGCUGAAACGGCGCCGAGCGCUGAUAGGUCGAGGCUGCCCAGGUUCUAACAUUUGAAAAGCAAAGGGGCUUCUCCUGGAGGAGUCGGGGGUGCAUGGCAUCUCUCUAGGUUGCUGUGGGGCUGCAGGGUCUUCAAACUCAUGCAGCUGUUUUGUUCCUCAAGAAAGACCCCAUGUCUUGUCAUAAGAGGAUGUGUGUGUUUUUGUGUGUGUGAUUUGAUUGAUCCCAAAAUGAGACAUCUCCUCCAACCACCACCACCAUCAAUGGUAAUUUUACUCUAUACUACAAAAAGGCGUUUUUCCUUGUAGUUGUAACUUUUAAUGUUCGUACCUUAGCGGCUGUCAGGCCACAUGGAUCGAAACGUGGCAUCCAACAGUAAAAAGAAAUGCGGGCAUAAGCUGCAGUUAAGCAAAGCUGCUUGCAUAGCUUGCAUAAAGUCUUCCACCCCUCAGCUGCUCGUUCUAAUAGUCGGAGAACAAAUUGUACACAACACUUAAGGGAUGUGAGACACCAUCAGGGCACUCUUGUUUUCUGAAUUAUGAAAAAGCCUCAAGAGCCCACAUCAAAGCUUGGAAAUAUUAGCGUUGUAGGAGCUAUUGCCUUGUAGAUGAAGUUGUGUUUUUUGUACUUUUAAAAGAAGCCUUGCAAAAUAGAAGAAAAGCCACUGAUUCCAAUAUUAGCAUACUGUACUGUGUUAAUGUAAAGUAUUUUUAUAGCACAUCGUCAUCAUAACUAUCACAUGGCAUUAACAAUGGUGCUUGUAAUCUUGGAAUAUAUUAUUAAACUGUGCAUGAAUCAGUUGAAGCUAUGAAUUAACGAUGUUGCACAGUCUUCAGCUUUAAUGAGAGCUGAAAGAGAUGUGACAGCAGCCACAUAUAUACCUCACUUGUGGUCCACCAUGCAAAUUGGCCCAUCUGUGUGGAGAAUCAGAACACCAGCAGAUAAUAUGUACUGCUGGUGUAUUAAUUCUAUGGGUGAAUGGGCAAGCUGGCAUAGUGAAUUUGAUUAUACAUUCAACCAAUACAGUUUACUUGUGGCCACCAUCUAUUCUGGCAAUUAUUAGCUGAAGUUGCUGCAACUCUUGCACAAUUUCUGCCUCAACAUAUUCCCCCCUCCUGUCUCUGUUGUUUUAAAUCUUUAUUUAACAUUGCCCAAACAACUUGGACGCACCUUUAGAGCUGCUGUCUUCAAAAAAUAAUCUAAUAUACAAUAUUAUGGCAUAUCAACAUAUUUCCAUUGGCCAUAUUAUUCUUAUGUCUCACUUUGUAUUUCCUUUGAAGGGCAUGCUAACCUUUUGGAUACAGGUGCAUGCCAACUCCAAAAGCCUGGCUUUCUCAACUUUCUGACAGUAAGAGCUGUUUGACAGUAGAAUGGACCUUUGGAGGUCCCUUCCAACUCUUUGAUUCUAAUGCUUCAGCAGAGACAUAGACAAUGUACACGCUAUAACUUUAAAGCAUAUUUGAAGCACAUUAGUUGCCUCAAAUAAUUUCUGGAGCUACAGUUUAAGGGUUGCUUGGAACUGUAAUUCCGUGAGGGGUAAACUACUGUGCCCAGAAUUCUUUGAGGGCGAGAAAGUGCUUCGAAGGGUGUACAUUACUGCAGUAGGACUAGAACAUGGCAAAGAAGUCAUACAGUAGUCUUGAAAAAGUUGUGCUUUCACAGCACCUCAGAAAAAGGAAACUUCAGCAACUAGAUGCUUCAGGGAAGCCCACAAGUACGUAGGAUAGGAAACCUUUUUCCAUUUGUUCACCAGUUACCCCUCUUUAAGGGACGCAGGUGGCGCUGUGGGCUAAACCACAGAGCCUAGGGCUUGCCAAUCAGAAGGUCAGUGGUUUGAAUGCCUGCGAUGGGGUGAGCUCCCAUUGCUCGGUCCCUGCUCCUGCCAACCUAGCAGUUCGAAAGCACGUCACAGUGCAAGUAGAUAAAUAGAUAAAUGCAAGUAGAUAAAUUCACUGUUCUGUGGCGCUGUUGUUUGGUGGUUUUAUUUUAGGCUUUUAAUGUAAAUUGUAUUUGUUUUUAAUUGUGAUAUUUUUGUAAUCUACCCUGAUGCACAGUCCUUCAGAAAUCCUGGCACAUCCACGCUGAGGUCUGACCAACAUGGGCAGCUGAGCAGACAAAUCACCUCAGCUCUGCCUCCCUUUUAUACUUUGCAUGCUGAUUGCAGCAUCUGGGCUUGACGAAGCAGGUGACCCUCACCUGCUCCAAGCCUCCUCCAGUUGAGGAAUCACAUACAGUGGUACCUUGGUUUACGAACUUAAUCCGUUCCAGAAGUCUGUUCUUAAACCAAGACGUGCUUUCCCAUAGCAGCGGGGGACUCAGUUUACAAAUGGAACACACUCAACAGGUAGCGGAACAUGUUCUGCUUCCAAGGCAAAGUUCACAAACCAAAACACCUACUUCUGGGUUUGCAGUGUUCUUAAUCCAACUUGUUCAUAAACUAAGCCGUUCUUAAACCAAGGUACCACUGUACUUCUUCCUAGAGGUAGUGAGCCCCACCUGGCCAGGUAGGGAGCUGGGCUGUGGGCCCUUGUCUGCCUAAGCCUUCUGGAGCACUCCUCUUACUGUUCCCUAUGCCUCAGAGCCUGCCAUAUUUAUGGAGAUAGGAACCUCUGAUGCGUCCUAAUGCUCUGAUUCCUGUGCACUGACUCCCAUCCCCUUGUCAUCCUCUGUCACCCCGCGGGUACUUCCUACGCCAAACUCUCCUUCCCCAUCCCCAGCUUGCCCUGGCGUGUCCCAGUCCUGGCUACACCCUUCGCUGGGAUCUUCUCCCUCUUCCCCAUUGUCCUACUAGUUCAUGGCAGCAACUUGAACUUAGUCCGGUGUUCCUUCCUUCCUUCCAACCUGAAAAUAUCUUUCUUAAGAGAAACUCAUUAACACAUGUUGAUUAAAAUUAGGUUGCCCUGCCAGUUAAAAUUGCCUCAGGCUGAACCUGAGCUGGCUUCUGUAGCUGGCCCUCCCUUGUCUGUGAACAGGCAUUCACUUCUGAAACAGAAGUACCAGAGAAAAUAGAUGAAAAAAUACAAAUGGAAUGUUAAUAUAGAUUUGCCACCAUUCAGUCUAUCCAGCGAAUCACUGCUGUGUCAGCGAAGCAAGAUGGCAAAUGUUUUAAUUAUAAAUACUUGGUUGGAAAAUAGACCUCUCACGCCUGAUAGACAUUAUAAAUUGUUAUUAUCCCACAUAGUAAUUUUGGUUUUGGGGAUCAGAAAAUAAAAUAAAAGAGAAUGCUUGCUGUUCUUAGGUUGCCCAAAAGAAGCAACAUCAUCAUUUUGAAAUGGAAGGCAAUGUGAAUUGUUCAGCCAAACAGUUCUGCCUUCACAGGAAAUGUUGAGAAAGUUUACUUUAGUUAAGUUGCAGUAGCUAUAAAAGUUAAUCAACAGACACCAACCAUAUGUAAACUGUGUGACGGUUCAGCUUUGCCAGACAGAAACAUCAGGUAACCUUGAGGUGCAGUUAUAAAGCUGGCAACAAAAUGACCCUCUGAAUUUAGUAAUAACAAUAAGUUAAUUACCAUUACAUCUACAAGCAGAACUGAGGGUUGGGAAUUUAUAUUGGCUAGUCUAGUUUUAUCUGGAUGCAUUUUCUUCUGUUACUUUCAUUUUUCUCUUAUUGAUAACUUUUCAAUCUAUUUUUAAAAUAAGGGUUGGGGUUUUUUAGAAGAUCUUCUCAAAAAUGCAUGUUACCAUAAAAAAACUUUCAAGUCAAAGCUGAGUGCGUUUUAGUGUGUCUGAGGCCUUAUUGGUCGUCCCAUAUCUAAUUGCCCUAGUUUGUUGUGCCAGUUGGGUUUUGUUUUUUUUUUAAGUUCCAAAGGUUAAGAGGCUUUUUAGUAAAACAGUUCAGUAAAAAGCCAACAACAAUGAGAAAACACCCAUGGUAUUUGUGGUUAAGCAGGUGUUGGUUUACCUCAUUUUCUUGCCUCCUUUUCCUCUAAGACUUUGCUGUCACAGUCAUCUUAACAUUUCAUGUUUUCUUCUUUCUUUCUUUCCUCACCUUCAUUUAUAACUGCUCAAAUCUUGCCUGAUGAUAGCCUGGAGGCAAGAACACAUCAGGUUAUGCUUACAAGCAAUUAUAAACAGACUGAGAGCGUGCUGUGUGUGAGUUUUACACACAAGCCUUAGACUGGGACAUUGUUGUGGUAGAUGUAAAAGGAAAAACCUUUCUCUUCAACCAGGCAUUUGGCUGACUGACAUUCUAUGUGAGGAGGUUAUUGGUUUGUUUUUCUAUUACCAUGUAUUUUGUAUUUUUAUGUUGUGAAUUUCUCAGGGAUCUUCAGAUGAAGGGCAGUAUGCAAAUUUAAAUAAACAAUAACAAUAAUAAUUUGCACAGUCAUGAGCUCCUUGGAGAAAGUAUGUGAUGAAAGUGAAACAAAUAAAGAUUCCCUUUCAGUCAGGUACUGUGAAUCUGAAGUUAUCUGUAGCUCUGAUUGGCACAAGUUAUUUCUUUAGUUUUUGAGCUAAUUUUAUGAAAAUUGGCCAAAAUCUACACUUCCCAGACAUUCCAGCUAUUUCCGUCCGCUGUUUACUACAGUUGUAUCGCAGCUAUGUCUGAGUUCUGGAUCUAUGGCAGCCCUAAUCUAGAGGGUCACAAGUGAGUCAGCCUUGGUUUAGGAGCAAAUUUGGUGUGGCAGGACUCAAGACAUAGACUGUUUUCUCUUCACUUCUGGGAGAGCUUGCUCUCAUGUAAAAGCUAUGUUAAAUUAUCAUCAUUCCAUCUAUUUUAUUUAAGAAUCAACUGCAUUGUUGUUAACAUAGCAAAGCAAUCAAACCACAAACAUCAUCAUACACUGUUUGGUGUAUUGUGAGAGAGCGAAGGAAAGAGAGAUGUGUAAAAUCAACCCAGGGUCCCUCACCGUUCUCUCUGGAAUAAGAAAAAGAUUGCAACACUGGUCAUAAAAGACUUAAAACAGUUGGAGGCUGGAGUUGCUUGAACUGAACAAAGUUCUGUGCAUGGUUUAUUUAACAAAAGUUGCUGAGAAACACUGCUUACUAAGGAGAAGUUAUCAAAUUGUUUCUUGGAAUGCUGUUGGCUGAUAAACUGAAGUGCUUCUUGGAAAGAAAACCCUGAACUUAAAUACAGGUGCCCGCCAUUUUGUGCAGGGGUUCCAUUCCUGGGCCCUAUGCGCAUCAGGUUGCUAAAGCCCCAUUACAUCCUGCCCCUGUUCUGCCCUCUUCUGGGUCCAAAAGCACACAUGCAUCACUGCCUGUACUUGCUAUUAAAUAAGAGUUGCCUUGAAGAGUAAUUACAACCUAGUAGCUGGAGUGAUUAAAAGAAUGACCUGCAAUCCUGUGGACUGGGAAAGUUUACAUCCUGAAUAUGAAUCUCAGUUCCUCCUACGAUGACUCCCAAUUUCUUUGUGUUCAAGGACAUAUUACCAUACACCUCCUUGAAUGGACCUGUGAACAUUUGUUCUGCUAAACAAGAUCCUAAGUAAAAUAUUUCAAAUAAAUAGGUUAGUUGAAGAGUUUCUGUUGUUGUCAUGCUGUGUUAAAUUGGAUGCUCAUUAUCCAGGUUUUGCUCUCUGUGUGUGUUGUCUUUGCUGAGACUGUGGCUUACAACGGAGACUAGAGGUAUCGAUCAGGACCUAGGAGGCAAGGUGCUGUUUCAGGGGAAUUGACAUCUGUGGCAUGUUCCUUGGAGGCGCUGCUGGUCUCCCCCCACCCCUAGGGAAGAAAUGAAGGGGGCUGCCCUCUGGGAUCUUUUGGGUUCUGCACCUGCCCAGCAUGAUUCAGAGCACUCGUCCGACCGCACAAUGGUCUUUGAUUCUCACUUCAACCACCAGGCAAAUUUGAUUUGAUUCCUUCCUACCACCACUUGUUCCAAGUCUAGUUCGUCGCUAACCCGCCCCCCUUCAUGACAUAGAUAUUCACUCCCCUCUUGUUCCUGAUACAAAUCUUUAUUCCCCACUAGUUACUAAAUUAGAUCUUCACUCACCCCUACUUCCCUGGCAUAGAGGACCCUGCCAUUUUGGGGUUCGCCUCAGGAGCAAAAAUGUAUUGGGCCAGCCCUGGUAUCAAUUCAAAUAAGUUUAUCACUUUGGUUUACAUCAGAUUGUAUCCUGCAGCAUAGCAGCUAAAGUCUGGUUAUAUUCCUAGUUAAAUGGGAUAGAUCUGGUUAAACACUACAAUUCAUUAUUAGAAAUAGCUGUUGAAGGUUAGCAAAGGCCUUCUGUGGGCGUCCGUGAACAAGCAAGGCUCAUAUGGAACUUAUUUCCAAGUAUAGUUGUUUGUUUGUGUGUGUUUAUGUAUGGGUUUUUAAAUAGUAGCAUAUUUCACAAUGUUUAAGAUAAAAGCUCUCAAGUGGUUUUGUCACAUAAAAUGUGCUUCCUGGUGUGUGAAGGUAUUAAACUGAAAUGCUGUAACAAAGAGCAUACUAAUGAGAAAAUUAGGUACAAGAAUACUGUGGAGAUUGGAAAAUGCAGAUGUUGAGAACAGAGAAAGUAAGUUACCUUAUUUCAAUCAGAUAGGAACAUUUUCAUAGUGGUAAAAGAAACUAGCUUUUUAUUUGCUAUGUCAAAGUGUUCAGGCAAAAUGGUUUCUUGUAGCUAUCAGUGUGACAGAUUAGGCCUACCUUGAAGCAGCAUAAAAUUACACAAUCAUCCAGAAAUAGUUCAAAGAGAAUAAUUCAAAACCUGAAUUUGUGUGUAGAGAGUAAGUGCAUGGUGCCUAUACAUCCUCUGGUCUUAACAUUUAUUGUUCGACAUUUUUAUGUGAGUGUUUAUCUCUGACUGGCACAAAAACAUCUUUUUCAUUUCCUUUUGAAGUCUCCAAGGCUGAGCCAUGGAUGAUGCCUUUUGGUGGAAAUACUUCGAAAUCUGAGCUUUAACAUCCUUUAAAGUGGUUUUGUUUUUGUAAAGAUCAUGCAUUUCCUACAUUUUUGUGCUACAAAUAGGCCAGAGACUUUAGGAGAGCAUUGGGGGGGGGGGGGUGCAAUUAAAAGUGGGAGGUAUGAAAGCCCAAUUUAGUGAUUGAAAAUCUUGUUGCAAUUCUUACGAUUGAAGCCACUGUUCCUUUUGGGUUGUUUUUUUAGGGGAGCUAAUAAUUCUUAAUGUUGAUAUAUUCUGGUCCUGGAAAAUAAUGGCCAUGUUACAACAAACAUAAAAGAAAAAAAUAUCUGUUCUCUAGCUCUAAUAAGCUAAUGGAAUUAUCAUAAGCCUGUCAGAAGAACCAUUUAUAAUAAUAUGGGUUUUUAUUAUUGACAAUCUGUUUUAUGUACCCAACCAGACACACAACGGUUUUUAAUGCACUAAUUUGACUAGGAAGGAAAUCUCUCCCACUCACAUUUACUAAUACUGUAGUCCCAUGGGUGAUAUCCAGCAAAAUCAUACCCAGACUAUUGAAAUAAAUGGAUUUGAGUAAUUGAAGUUAAUUUAUUUAAGUAGCUCUACUUUGACUGUAGGGCUUGCUGAUUGGAAGGUCGGCGGUUCAAAUCCCUGUGAUGGGGUGAGCUCCCGUUGCUCGGUCCCAGCUCCUGUCAACCUAGCAGUUCAAAAGCACGUCAAAUUGCAAGUAGAUAAAUAGGGACCGCUCCGGUGGGAAGGUAAACUGCGUUUCCGUGCACUGCUCUGGUUUCGCCAGAAGCUGCUUAGUUAUGCUGGCCACAUGACCCGGAAAAACUGUCUGUGGACAAACGUCGGCUCCCUCAGCCAGUAAAGCGAGAUGAGUGCCGCAGGUUCGUGACUGGACUUAACUGUCAGGGGUCCUUUACCUUUACCUUACUCUGAGUGUAAUUUGGAAACCACCCAUGGAAUAACAGAAACAUUGCCACCCGACCCCACCCCCACUCAGUCCACCUCUUUCCCGCUUUUCUUCCUAAAGUAACACUAAUGUCUCAACAAAUGAAACUGAUCUGUAGAAAAUGUAACUUGAAAAAAGAGACAUUGCACAUACUUUAGUAAACCAAUAAAUCUUUAAUAAAUAUAUGUUUUGUUUUUUUAAAAAAGGAACCACCCGUGGAUCUAUAUUUUCCUAUUGAAAUGAGUUAUCCAGUACUUUACGGGACUGCCAUUUGCAGUAUGGUAUUCUAUUUUUCCAAUUUUCUCUUUGAAUUAUUUACAGAUACUCACUAUGCCACCGUAUAUUGGCAGAAAACUGAGAAGACCUUCCAGGUUAAGGAUGUAUUGGAUAAGAAUGGUGAUGCUUAUGGCUAUUAUAAUGACACUGUACAGUCUACAGGAUGGGGGGUUCUUGAGAUCAAAGCGGGCUAUGGUAACCAGCCCAUAAGCAACGAAGACCUCAUGUACGCUGCAGGUUACUUGGAGGGCUAUCUCACUGCUUCGUAAGUACCUCUGAAAACUAAAUGGAGUCAUCUGGUGGGGGCAUUACAAGUAUACAUGUUAGAAGAGAAGAAGAGCCAACUGAGCUCAUUGUAUAUUUAUUGUUACCGAUCUAUAUUCCUUUUAAUCAUAAAACAUGUUUUCAGUGAACAAACAUGGAACCAUGUAAAGCAAUAUACAUUUGAAUCAUCUGUAAUACACAAAUAAUAAAUAGCUGAGUCACACAUCAGGGAACACGAAUAGUAAGUUUUAGUAAAUGUGUAAAAUUUAAUAUUGAAGAUGCUUGCUUAACAGUAGCUGGAAGGGAAUUCUACGUAUAUGGGGGAUGUAAUCGUUCAUUGAGAGAGAGCUACAUUGUACUAUAAUAGCGUUCAGGUUCCUGAAAUCUGUCUGUGAUCAGCUAUAAGUAAAAUACACAUUAUCCACAAUUUAUUUCUGAAUGUGGUUUAUGGCAUCAUAUGUAUUAUUAAACAUGGCUGGACAAAGCAUCUUAAUGUUUACUUAUUAGAGGCAUCCAAACUUAUUAGAUGAAAUGUGGUAUCUUAUUCAAAACUUGGGAUAAACUGGAUAUUUGUUUAGUGUUCUGGGCCCAUCUUGCCAAAGCCAAUUUGGGACUUCAUAUCAACAUUCAUUACUGUCAGCAUUCAUUAUGAAUGUAUCACAACGCAUGACGUAUGACUUGAGAUACAUGCUGGACAUUUGGCCUAGAAGCAGAUGGUCUAUUGUUUUUAAAAAAUGCGUUUUCAUAGUUUGAGCUAUAAUUUGAGGGAUGAGGAACGCCUUUUGAGCUGGGCUGUUCUAGCUCCUGCUGGGUUUCAUCAGCGGAUUGGGACAAGUUCCAACGAGCUGGGUGUUGCAUGGCUAAUGGUACUUUUCCUGGAGCGCUUCCAGUUGUGUGCUAUAACUCUAUACUGAGUGGUGUGUCAUUAUGCUCUACUGGAUGUGUGGGAACUGGGGAUAAUAUGCCAACCUAAAUAUUAUGCUUGUUCCUUCAGAAGUAUGAACCAGUGAGAGAGGUUAUAGUUGCCUCACCCUCCUACUAUGCCAAUAUCUUUGCUCGCCCAUCUUUUCUUCUAGAAGUUGUUGGUCAAAGCUAAAGUCCUGCUUGCUACAAGAAGUGGGUAGGUGGUGGUGCAAGGACUGUGGACUAGCUGAGCAAGGGGUCAGGAGGCAUGGAGUGUUCCAGACCUUUGCAAAUUUAACAAAACUUUUUUUAAAAAACAACAAUAAAAUAAAAUUAACAGCCAUCACUUCACAAUGUGAAUUCAGUAACCAUCAGCACAUACUUCUUGGGUUAAACAUGUAAGUUAAUAUAAGUUCUCCAAAUGUCCAUAUAGGUAUCCACACAAAACUGAGGUCUAUAUGAAAAUAAGUCCAAAUGUAGCCAGGACCAUGAGGUCCAAGACCAUUGUCUAAUGGACAGUGGGUAUUUGUAUUUAUAACAUUUCCCUCCUCUUUUCCCCCCCCAGACACAUGUGUGACCAUCUUGCAAACCUGUAUACACAGCUGAUUAAGAAUGUCCUCAUCGAGAGAAAAGUUAAAGAUUUUAUGCGGUAUGUUAUAAAAAGAAAAUGCCCUUUUCACAAAUAGGAACAAAAGUUGCCUAGAAGUUCCGGUCACCCUGGUGAUAUUUUCUUGUUUUUACUGAACAAGUUGAUUCAGGAAAAUAUUGUGCCACAAUAAAUUUCUUAAGUCUUUAAGGUUGCGCAACAUUAGUGGAUUUUUGUUUGAAACAGACAGUCCUCUAGAAGCAUCCUGGGAGAUGUUGCAAGAGUUGACAGUGCAAGGUGUCUAUAGAGAUGCAAGUGAACGCCCUGCACCACCCUGGUUCUUGGGCAAGUAAAUUUCCCUGAGAGUAUAUAAUAUACGAACUGUUCCCAUAUAAAAUUAUAAGUGAAACAAGUUGAAAGGUGACCUGAUUUAGUUAUCUCUGAACAAAAUAACAUUUAUUAACACAACCUGAGUUUUGUCAGCUGGCUACAAUGUUCGUUUACUUGAUAAAAGUGUGAUCUGAGCUAAGCGUGUUUACUCAGGAGCAAGUGCCAAUUGAUCCUAGUUGGACUUAAGGCUAUUUGGCUUGUGAAAAAACGCACUCUAAAGUCACAUUUUCCUCUCUACAGGAAACAAGACAAGUGGACCAGACAACAAAUUAAAAAAAACAAGAAUGACCCCUUCUGGAGGCAUGCCGGGUACAUCAUUGCCCAGUUGGAUGGGCUGUACAUGGGAACAGUGGAGUGGGCUAAGCGACAGCAAAAAACAGUAAGACUCAAAAAACCGUAAGGCUUAUCACUUGAAGGGGAAAGACAGUUUAGACCGCACAAAAAAACUGAAACGGUGUUUUUACUGCUUUCUUCUUUCUUUACAUCAAAGAAUCCAUUUAGAUUGCCGCUAUCAAAUUGGUGCACAGUAUCAGAGUUUAAUAUUAAUUCCAGAAACUCUUGUUUGCAACUCUAGGCCUUUAGGAAACUUGGGUGGGGUGAUGAAGGUCUGUCUGCACAUGCUCUACCACACACACAGAAUGGGAAGUGACACUGCAUGCAGCUGCUGUCAUUGUAGCCAUAAUUGUUGUGUGGGCCGGCAGCCCUCUGGGAUAUCAAUGAGGCGGCAGCAUUGAGAAUUAGCAAGUUGAGAACUGACUGGAGACAAAUAGCUUUCACCUUUAUUGCCAAGCUCAGCCAUUUUAUUUCACACUGGGAGAGUAAAGACACGAAUAACUAACUGACCUUUCCGUCUUUGUCUAAGCACUGCAAGGAAACAUGGAGCCCAGGGUUUAUGAAGGCAGGAUCAGCAGCAUUUAAAAUAAAUAGCACUUAUCCCCUGAUGGUUUUGCUUCCAGCUUUCUCUGAAAGUAAGCUACGGAAAGAAAGAAGAAAUGAAAAAGGUUGAGAAUUGUUUCACAACCAGAUCUGUGAUCCUAUUAAGCACCUUGGAAGUAAAAAUACAGUUGAAAUACAUUGACCUUGCUUCUGGAUAAAAUACAUUUUGAACAUGUGUAUAUUAUACUAGAAGUUAACACGAAUGUGUUGUAACUUUCACAUACUGUAUUGGCCUGAAUAUAAGCCUCCCCCCCCCCAAAUUCUGACUUUGAAAAGUUAAAGUGCUGCUUAAAUUCAUGAGCUUACGAAAAUGGGCUUUUACGAUAUCACUGCUCAAACAGACAUACCGUAAAAUGGAACGGGUGUGAGUGCGUAAACGGGUGUGAAUGUUCUAAAUGAUUUCUCACAAAUGGUGAGAUUGCAGCUGUGUAUAAGGGAGGAUUCAUUUUGGGGAUAAGGGCUGUGGUGCAGAAAUGAAUAGUCCCCAAAUAUUCUCAAAACUUAGGAGUGUUGAUCCAUUAUUGUUUAUCUGUCUCUGUGUGCACACAUGUAAUACCAAAUGUAUUAAUUAGCAUGACUACCACCCUGUGCAUGAUGUCCUGGGAGUAAGCUGCAUUGAACUCUGGUGCUUAAUUCUGACUGCAUAGGUUCACUUUGUAAAACGCACUGAUCUUUAACAAAAGAACUUUAACCUGCUGAAAUGCAACAGUUGGCUUUUAAUUAGACAUGCAAAUAAUCUUGCAAAGAAGUGUUCCAAUUGAAAGUUCUAGCAUGAAGUAGGAACACCAUCAGAGUAAAAGAAAAACCUCUGCAGGAUUUUUGUCCUCAUUCUCUGACUUUGGUCACAUCCAGACGAAGUGCAUGUUUCAAAAAAUUUGCAUGGAGGUAAUUUUGAUGUCAAGCAUAGUAUUUUACAAGAAACUACAGGAUAGAACUGCAUCAUGGAUAACAUUAUGUGUACACAGAUUAAAAAACUGUGAGUGCACAGGAGCCAGAGUACAGUAUACAAUAAUGUAUACACAGGACUCAUCCCAUUCUCUCCCUCAUUUAGUCACUUGGAAAAUUAACUUAACCCUGUGUGUACCAAAAUUAGGAGCAGUUUUUCUUAUGAUACCAGCUGUAGCAAUAUUUGGCUAGUGCCACACACUAUUGUGCACAACCUCCCCCACAGAGUUUUUGUGUGUGUUGCAUUGAUUGAGUCAGUAGUAGUGAUGUACAUGUCUUUUCUGUGCCUUACUUGCCAAUAUGGUACUUAAAAGCACUACAGUUCUUAAAGUGGGUCAUUCAUUCUCCCUCUUCAGCAUCUGAGGCACAGCAAUCUGAAGAGAUGAAAUUAUACGCAGCACAGAGCAAAAUGGGACCCAGAAAGAGAGAAUAAAAUCAAAUCUGUUACAGCAGCUGGUCUGUCUUUGCAUAUUCUGGAUGGCUAUGAUAGAAGUAGUAUAUAAACUGUCUUCUACCUGUUCUGAGCUCCAUCAGAAGCAUCUGGCAGAAUUCCAUGAGCUGCUUUUGAAUCCAUUCUCUUUGCCUUCUCACAAAAUAAGCUCUGGGCAAUAAUCACCUAUAUUUGUUUUUCAAGGAUCCAUAUGCCUAUAUAAACAAAAGUCUAUUCCAUCUGUCUCUUUGUUAGGUCAGUUGUUACUGCAGCAUCCCAUGCUUGCCAGAUCCAAUAACUCUUUAACUUCUGACAUGCAAAACACUCCUUAGUCAAGCAACUUGGUUGGUUAGAGCAGGUGCUGAUAACGCCAAGGUUGCAGAUUCAAUCCCUGUAUUAUAGGACAGCUGCAUAUUCCUGCAUUGCAUGGGGUUGGACUAGAUGUUCCUCAGGGUCCCACCCUACUUCACAGUUCUAUUAUUCUAUCUGUUUAAAUACCUCACAUAACUUUGAGCACCACCUUCAAUGCACUGUCAAGCAUCCUUUGCUCUGUCAUUAGUCUAGAUCUUAGGACCAAAGCAUAACUCUUUGCUGAAGGAAUUUCUUUAUAGUCACAUUUUCCAAAGAAAUGAGGGGUUUAAAUAUUGAAUAUAUUUAGAGAACAAUGUAUACAUAACAUACAGUUGCUUUCCUUAAUCUCAAAAUUUCAGUGUUUAAAGUCGCCGUCUUAAACCCCUUCCUGCAAAUAUCUUGGCAAAUAGUAUAUUUUGGUAACUAGCUGCAUCUAAACUCUUAUAUUCAAACUUCACAUAAUUCUCUACCCUUCGUAAUCUUAAAGAAGGCUAGGAAAACAAUCUUAUUCCCUGCUAUAUUAUGAAGAAGCGUACUGAGAGGAUAAUUUUUUUGAAAACUUUAUUGCUACACAGUAAUUUUGAUUAGGAAACCAACUUCUACCAUGUCAUGAUAAUUCUGCCAGAAUUAUUAGCAAAGAGUUUGGAUUUCCUGUUUCUCAAGGCAAAACUAAUUCUACACAUGAUACUGAGAAGAAACAUACUGACUUGCUGUACAUUCCUCUUCUGUUUUAGCUGUUGCAUAAUUUUACAUGCUCAGCUUGUAUUAUUCCACAGUACUAGGAAAUCUGCUGUUUUCACAGCUACCAGCUACAGUUUCUUCUGCUGACAUGGUUUCCUUGAGCUCCUAAUCCCCAGCCCAUCAACCAUGCUGAAGGAGGGAGGCUUGCCCUGGCUCUGUCAUUCACUAGUUGUGCAUUUUUUUGAGGGAAGAACCACCUUCCCACUGUCUCCUCCACCAGUCCUAUCUAGUAACAGGAAGAACUGCAGAGGGAAGUUUUGUCCUACCACAUCUUUCUACAUAGGAACAAAGGAAACUGCCUUGUGGCAAGUCAAAUGCUUGGUUCUUCUAGCUUAGUAUUGUCAACAUUUGACUCUCUGGGGUGCCAUGCAGGAGUCCUUCUUGGCCCAACUUGGAGAUGCCAGGGAUUAAAUCUGGGACUCCUUUCAUGUAAAACAUGUGUUCUGCCCCCUCAGCUACAUUCUCAGUAUAAAGAGAAUGGGAUACAAAAUUGCCAUUAAUGGACAGCCACCUCUUCUGAGGGAACCAGAACCAUGUUCACCAUCUACAUGGCAGCCAUUUUGUUAAUCGAGUUCCUCAACGGACCCCUUUUCAAAAUUGGCAUUGCAGUGGCUGAUUUUCAGCUCUUGAGUAAAGAGGCCAACAUUGGUGAUGUUGCAUAUCCUUUUGCAGAAAAAUGGCAGUUUCACAUCUGAUCUCUUCAAUAAAUUUCAGGCCUGGUAAUUUGUUAAUUUUUGAUUUGUAUACUAGAACUAAAACUUCAUUACUUGUCACUUGACUUACCGUAGUUCUUCAGACUCCCUCCUUGGAAAAAAAAGUCAUUCAGGCAUGGACAGCUAUUACUGUGUUGGGUACCACUGUCAUGGCAAACUUGAGUCUAAAAUUACAAAUAUCUCAUCUCUCUUUACUUCCAGCCUCUCACUCCCUUCCAAGUCUAUUUCCUGAAUGCAGUUGGAGAUCUGCUUGACCUCAUUCCUGCCUUAUUCUCCAGUUCAGCAAUGACUAAUUUAAUGACAGGAGACUCUACACAGUACCUAUGGGAUAUGGGCCAUUGCUCUGCUCUGAUUAAGGUGAGACCAACAACAUUCCUGUUUCUAUGUUUAGGCCUAAAAGAAAAGAUGUAACCAACUGCACCCCAAAAUGGAAUUUAUACUUUGGACCCCAUUUUUCUCAGCCUCAUGCAUGCAUAGCAUUGCUAAUUAAAUCUCAUACUGUUGGUUUUACAAUGCUUUUUUAAAAAAAUAUAUAUAUUAAUUGUCGUUGUCUGUUCUCUCUAAAAUAGCCCCACUUUAUUCUGGGAGAAAGUUUCAGAAGUGUCCCAGUCAAAAAUGUAAUCAAGAUAUUGGAUAUGCAAUAGUUUGAAAGAAAAGUCAAGUCCUAAGAAUUCCCUCUCUCAAUCAGACCAAUAUUUGCAUAAAAUGCAUAUUUUACUAAAACUGAUGUUCACAGAAAUGGCAAAUACCAAACUAAAAUAUAUUAUUGGAGAGAGAAUUUUGGAUUUAUAAAUUAUUCAUAUACACCUUGGAAAUAUACAACAGGUAUUCUGAUAUGGAAUCUAAGUAGAUGUGCAACAUAAGAAUUCAAAUAUAAGUAAAUGGAAGGGUUAAGAUGCGCCCUACUGACAGUAUUUUGACAGGCAAUUGAAAAGAUUGAACAAAAAUAUCCGAUUCAGGGAUAUGGAUGCUAUUUCCUUUUAAAAGAAGAAAAAUAAUUGGAUGAAUUGCUAGCAGUACAUUGCCGUAUUGCAACUUGUUAGUAGGACUCUAGAUCAUCAGUAAUCAACCUUUCCCAACCCAAGACUCACCUUUAAUCUAAGAUGAUAAAUGGGUGAGGAACGGUUGAAGGAGCUGGGCAUUUUUAGCCUGGAAAAGAGGAGACUGAGAGGAGAUAUGAUAACCAUCUUUCAAUAUCUCAAGGGCUAUCACAAGCUUGUUUUCACCUGCUCUGGAGGGUAGAACCCAAACCAAUGGAUUCAAGUUAUAAGAAAGGAGAUUCCAACUAAACAUCAAGAAGAGCUUUAUGACCUUAAGAGCUGUUUGACAGUGGAAUGGACUCCUUUGAGAGGUGGUGGACUCUCCUUCCUUGGAGUUUUUUAAGCAGAGGUUAGAUGGCCAUCUGCCAUCUAGUUGAGAUUCCUGCAAAGCAGGGGGUUGGACUAGAUGACCCUUAGGCUCCCUUCCAAAUCUACAGUUCUAAGAUUCUGUGAGUCUAUAAUGGUGAGUCCUAGGUUGAAAAAUGUCAAAGACUACUGAUCUAUCUGGAGUUCUGCUAACAAGUUGCAAUCAGACAUGCUGUUUUAUUUACCCAGUACAACUCAGCCAUGUUGGUUGUGCUUCUGUUGUUGUGAUGCAUCUGUUCUUGAGUCUACUAGCCAAAGACCAACAAGGUAGAUCAUUCCUCUGUCCCUCUCUUUCACUUCAUGCGUCUGAAGAAGUGGACUUGAAUCCACAGAAGCUUAUGUCACAAUAAAUUAGUCUGUCUUUAAGCUGCCACAAGACUCUGUCAUUUUGACUGCAUGAGACUAACAUGGCUAUUACUUCUCUUGGCUAGGUCCUCCCUGGAUAUGAAAAUAUAUUAUUUGCUCAUUCUAGCUGGUUCACAUAUGCGGCCACUUUGAGAAUCUAUAAGCAUUGGGACUUUAAAGUUGAUGAUCCACAAACGAGCUCAGGCCGUGCUUCAUUCAGCAGUUACCCAGGUAACUUAGAUGUGUGAAUGGAACUCUGUGUGAGUUUGUUACGUUUGAAUGCAGGAGUCUUGCCUGUAUGCUCUAGAAUCUCAUAGUUUGCCUCAUGGAUCACUGCCUUGCCAUGGCGAAGGGGCUUGAAUAACUCGGAGAAGCUAUGAGCUAUGCCGCGCAGGGCCACCCAAUAGUGGAGAGUUUUGACAAAACGUGAUCCACCUGGAGCAGGAACCGGCAAGCCACUCCAGUAUCCCUGCCAAGAAAACUCCAUGGACAAAGACAAAAGGCAUAUAAAAGUUAUGACGCUGGAAGAUGAGCCCCUCAGGUCGGAAGGCGUCCAACAUGCUACUGAGGAAGAGCGGAGGACAAGUACAAGUAGAUUCAGAGCUGAUGAAGCGGCUGGGCCAAAGCCGAAAGGACGCUCAGUUGCGGAUAUGCCUGGAAGCGAAAGGAAAGUCCAAUGCUGUAAAGAAAAAUAUUGCAUAGGAACCUGGAAUGUAAGAACCAUGAACCUUGGUAAGUUGGAUGUGGUCAAAAAUGAGAUGGCAAGAAUAAAUAUUGACAUCCUGGGCAUCAGUGAACUAAAAUGGAUGGGAAUGGGCGAAUUCAGUUCGGAUGACCAUCAUAUCUACUACUGUGGGCAAGAAUCCCGUAAAAGAAAUGGAGUGGCCCUCAUAGUCAACAAAAGAGUGGCAAAAGCUGUAUUGGGAUGCAAUCUCAAAAACGAUAGAAUGAUCUCGAUACGAAUCCAAGGCAGACCUUUUAACAUCACAGUAAUCCAAGUUUAUGCACCAACCACUGGUGCUGAAGAAACUGAAAUUGACCAAUUCUAUGAAGACUUACAACACCUUAUAGAAUUGACACCAAAGAAGGAUGUUCUUCUCAUUAUAGGGGAUUGGAAUGCUAAAGUAGGGAGUCAAGAGAUAAAAGGAACAACUGGCAAGUUUGGCCUUGGAGUUCAAAACGAAGCAGGGCAAAGGCUAAUAGAGUUCUGCCAAGAGAACAAGCUGGUCAUCACAAACACUCUUUUCCAACAACACAAGAGACGACUCUACACAUGGACAUCACCAGAUGGGCAGCAUCGAAAUCAGAUUGAUUAUAUUCUCUGCAGCCAAAGAUGGAGAAGCUCUAUACAGUAAGCAAAAACAGACCUGGAGCGGACUGUGGCUCAGAUCAUCAGCUUCUUAUAGCAAAAUUCAAGCUUAAACUGAAAAAAGUAGGAAAAACCACUGGGCCGGUAAGAUACAAUCUAAGACAAAUCCCUUAUGAAUGCACAGUGGAAGUGAGGAACAGGUUUAAGGAUUUAGAUUUGGUGGACAGAGUGCCUGAAGAACUAUGGAUGGAGGCUCGCAACAUUAUACAGGAGGCAGCAACGAAAAUCAUCCCAAUGAAAAGGAAAUGCAAGAAAGCAAAGUGGCUGUCCAACGAGGCCUUACAAAUAGCGGAGGAGAGAAGGCAAGCAAAAUGCGAGGGAGAUAGUGAAAGAUACAGGAAAUUGAAUGCAGAUUUCCAAAAAUAGCAAGGAGAGACAAGAAGGCCUUCUUAAACGAGCAAUGCAAAGAAAUAGAGGAAAACAACAGAAUGGGAAGAACCAGAGAUCUGUUCAAGAAAAUUGGAGAUAUGAAAGGGACAUUUCGUACAAAGAUUACCAUAAUAAAGGACAAAAGUGGUAAGGACCUAACAGAAGCAGAAGACAUCAAGAAGAGGUGGCAAGAAUACACAGAGGAAUUAUACCAGAAAGAUAUGGAUGGCUCGUACACCCCAGGUAGUGUGGUUGCUGACCUUGAGCCAGACAUCCUGGAGAGUGAAGUCAAAUGGGCCUUAGAAAGCACUGCAAAUAACAAGGCCAGUGGAAGUGAUGGUAUUCCAGCUGAACUACUUAAAAUUUUAAAAGAUGAUGCUGUUAAGGUGCUACACUCAAUAUGCCAGCAAGUUUGGAAAACUCAGCAGUGGCCAGAGGAUUGGAGAAGAUCAGUCUACAUCCCAAUCCCAAAGAAGGGCAGUGCCAAAGAAUGCUCCAACUACCGCACAAUUGCACUCAUUUCACACGCUAGCAAGGUUAUGCUUAAAAUUCUACAAGGAAGGCUCAAGCAGUAUAUGGACCGAGAACUCCCAGAAGUGCAAGCUGGAUUUAGAAGAGGCAGAGGAACCAGAGACCAAAUUGCAAACAUGCGCUGGAUUAUGGAGAAAGCUAGAGAGUUCCAGAAAGACAUCUACUUUUGCUUCAUUGACUAUGCAAAAGCCUUUGACUGUGUCGACCACAGCAAACUAUGGCAAGUUCUUAAAGAAAUGGGAGUGCCUGAUCACCUCAUCUGUCUCCUGAGAAAUCUCUAUGUGGGACAAGAAGCUACAGUUAGAACUGGAUAUGGAACAACUGACUGGUUCAAAAUUGGGAAAGGAGUACGGCAAGGCUGUAUAUUGUCUCCUGCUUAUUUAACUUAUAUGCAGAAUUCAUCAUGCGAAAGGCUGGGCUGGAUGAAUCCCAAGCCGGAAUUAAGAUUGCCGGAAGAAAUAUCAACAACCUCAGAUAUGCAGAUGACACAACCUUGAUGGCAGAAAGUGAGGAGGAAUUAAAGAACCUUUUAAUGAGGGUGAAAGAGGAGAGCGCAAAAUAUGGUCUGAAGCUCAACAUCAAAAAACGAAGAUCAUGGCCACUGGGCCCAUCACCUCCUGGCAAAUAGAAGGGGAAGAAAUGGAGGCAGUGAGAGAUUUUACUUUCUUGGGCUCCAUGAUCACUGCAGAUGGUGACAGCAGUCACGAAAUUAAAAGACGCCUGCUCCUUGGGAGACAGGCGAUGGCAAACCUAGACAGCAUCUUAAAAAGCAGAGACAUCACCUUGCCAACAAAGGUCCGUAUAGUUAAAGCCAUGGUUUUCCCAGUAGUGAUGUAUGGAAGUGAGAGCUGGACCAUAAAGAAGGCUGAUCGCCGAAGAAUUGAUGCUUUUGAAUUAUGGUGCUGGAGGAGACUCUUGAGAGUCCCAUGGACUGCAAGAAGAUCAAACGCAUCCAUUCUUAAGGAAAUCAGCCCUGAGUGCUCACUGGAAGGACAGAUCGUGAAGCUGAGGCUCCAAUACUUUGGCCACCUCAUGAGAAGAGAAGACUCCCUGGAAAAGACCCUGAUGUUGGGAAAGAUUGAGGGCACAAGCAGAAGGGGAUGGCAGAGGACGAGAUGGUUGGACAGUGUUCUCGAAGCUACGAACAUGAGUCUGACCAAACUGCGGGAGGCAGUGGAAGACAGGAGUGCCUGGCGUGCUCUGGUCCAUGGGGUCACGAAGAGUCGGACACGACUAAACGACUAAACAACAACAACAACAGGAACUUGAAUUCAAAGGCAGAUAGGGCAACAAAGGCUUUAUAAUCCAAAUAAACCUGCAGAUUACUACAUAGCAAAGCUUGCUGUAUGGUUAGACAAAUUGGAUAUGGAUUUGGGCUGGUAAGGAGGUUGUGCUUCUUCAGUGGACUAAAUCCAAAACUUUAUUGCUUAGCCAAAGGUCAUCACUCAUAAAAUAGCACAAUAAAAAUGGGAAGACCAUUCAAAAUUUGAUUAAUACAAACUAAUAGCAUGACCACCAGCUGAUGUAAUCUCCCUCACUCUCACUGAACCAGUACCAUUGAGUUUGCCCUAAGGAGACUCACAUCCCUGUGUAUGUGAUCUUGGCACCAGCCCAGUGAUACUGGAUAUCAUGAGCCUGCUUUUCAAGCCUGCCACACAAGCUUCAACCACAAACCAUUACAAACCACCCAAGUGCCUAGUAGUGUUUUUGUACUGUUGCAUCUAAUGAGAACACCGCAUCCUCCAGUCAAAAUAUUUCAAGAUGCCUCUAGCUGGCCUUGAAUUAAUUCCAGUUAGUGUGUGUAGGAAAAGGUAGAUGGAAUAAGUUUCCUUCUUAAAGCUAUGCCCCAAACUUUUAACAGCAUGUUUUUAACUGGCUUUUUUACCUGCUGUUGUCUUUUUGGUGCCAGGCAGAUACUUUAUUUUUUAUUUUUAACUGCAGUUGUAAUCCUGUCAACUGCUUUAUACUGCUUUUAUAAUUUUGUAGCUUUUAGUUUAUGUUUUUUAUAUAUAUUUGUACUGUAAUCUUUUUAUAAACCACCCUGGGAAUAUGGUUGAAAGGCAGUAUAAAAGGUAGUAUUAAUAAACAAAUACCUUCCAUCCUAUGUUUGUGCAAGCAGAAGGCAGCUUAAAAAGUCAGUCACUCCUUCCCUGCCUCCAAGGGUGGUUGGAAACCUUUUGAACAGUGUGGGCAACAGUGUGCUAGGGACCUGCAGAGCACAGCAUGGGGAACCGCUGGUACAAAAUUCCUCUGCUCAGUUAGCAAUCACAUGGGACGGGGGCAAAACACCUCUCCAAACUUUGUGAGGGAGAAACUUUGUGAGUGCAAGAUUUUGCAUGUGCUGAGUAUAAGGGUUUGAUUGUUAAGUGUGCCUGCUUUUAACAACAGUGCAAUAUUGUAUAUUCAUGAUUGUGUGCAAGAGAAGAAACAUGGGUAUAGGAAGAGAGAUGUUAAGAAAAGGAAGAGGUCCAGAGAGGUGGCAUGUGUGUGGCAUGGGAUCCCUGUGUGAAUGUGCCACUGGUCUUAUUAUUUUAUUUAUUUAUUGCAUCUAUACUCCACCUUCCCUUCCAAGGAGCUCGAGGCAGCACACGUGGUUCUUCCCUCCUCAAUUAAUCUCCACAACAGCCCUGUGAGGUAGGUUAGGCUGAGAGGCAAUGAUGAGUCCAAGGUUGCCCAGUGAAUUUCAUGGCUGAGUGGGAAUUCAAAUCCUGGUUUCCCAGGUCCUGGUCUGACACUCUAACCACUACACAACCCUUGGCACUUGUAGAAGAUUUCUGUUUACUUGCUGUGGUGAGAAUGGAUGAAUGCUGCUGUAUACAUUUAUAUGCACAAAAUUUAAAACAACUUGCCUGGAAAUACUUUGUGCAGUGCUUGUAGUAGUCAUGCUGUAGCCUUCCCACGUGCUGCUGCCUUUCUACCUGUGCAACAUCCCACAAUGGAGCAUGCUUUUAUUUUAUUUUUUAUUGCAAUAGGGACUGUAUUUUAUUAUAUUUUAUGCUUGUACCAUUUUCAGCACAGUCACUCCUGUUUCUGAUCAUGUCUGGCCCUUUGGGGGAACUGCUUGAAACACUAACAUCACCUCUCAUUAAUAAGGCUGUGGUGAAUGAGGCUGCAAGGCCCCAGUGUUCUCUACAAGGUUUGCUGAGUAGCUACAUGGCUUGGAUCCAGAAGAUGCAAUCAGAAACACUUUUGUUUGCAUUGAUAGAAUUAUGGGGCUCAUUCAAGGAUCCUUGAGAGUGAGCGAUAGGGAGACUGGAUUACAGAUGAAGUAGAUAAACCGUGUCAAGAGGCAAUUUCAAUUACAUCAAAUUCUCAUAAGCCCAUGCAAAUAGAGAAACACAAUGCUGACUAGGCAGAACUUCAGAGAGCCGCCGGUGCUUGUAGUUUUCAUUUUCAAGUACUUUUCCUUAGGGAUGCUGAUUUACCCCUGCUAUUUUCCAGGGCACAUACCUGUUACAGAAUCACAACCUACAAAAUUAGUUCUAAUGGCUGUGUACAUGUCUCUGUGUGAUACCUUUUAGAAACUUAUGUGGAACCAGUGAAUGUGAACACCUAGGAAAUUGUCAUGUCUGUAGUUUUUAGAUGUCUCUGUAAGAGAGUUAUAAGCUCAUGUCACAUAAACAGCCCAUUGUGAAGCUCAUAAUGUAACUGAAUUGUGACUUUGAUGUUGUUCAUUUAACUUAAACAAAGCAUUCAUUUCAUCUUUCUUUAAUACUGUAUUUUAUAAAAUAUUAUUCAGUCCUCCAUGGACUACAGAGGUUUCAUCCAAUGUCAGGGGAUUCUCUGGUAAAUGGCUGGGUGGUUGUGGUGUAAGUCAGUCUGGUCAAUUUUAUUUUAUAUAGCCAAAGGCCUUUACAAUGGACAGCAGAGAAUAAAAGGAAAACUUUCUUCUAAAAUCAUACAAUGUAGCCUGUAGGAGUUUACAACAUAAAAAGAAAUUGACUACAUUAAAAUUUUAAAUUGGAGUGCAUUCACAUAGCUGGAACGGAGCUUCUUGGCUGCCAGUGCAAAUUUGGCUCCCUGGUGUGUAAAUAUAUAGAUGUUUAUCUGCUAGGAAUUCAACUGUCACUUCCUGUGUGGAUCGACCUGGAAGCCAAUUAAGAAUUGGCAGUAUAGUUUCCUCUGGGCAUUGUGUGCAGGGGGCAAAUCAGAAGAUAGUGUGUGAUGUCCUCUACCUGAUUGCAUCCAUAUAUACAUUUCAAUCCAUAUGGGGAAUUAUUUUCUAAAUAUGUUGAGGGCAUCUGUUGGAAUCUUAGUUCUUCAAAGGCCCUAUGUAGCUGUGGGAAGAUCAGAGUCUCAAGGUGAUGGGGCCUUAAUUGAUUGGUCAUAAUUUAGGAGGAUUUCUGGGCUGCUAAUCACUUAAAAAUAGGAGCAACAAAAUGACUAAAUUAGACUGCAGAAAUGAAGGCAGGUGGGCAAGCCAGGGAUGGAUUUUUGUGUGGAAGGUCUGUGAGCUCUGUUAUUCCCUGUGUUCAGCUGUUCAGAGUCAUUGGUUCCUUUCAUUCUUAGCUCCAGACAGCGGAUCUUGGAGUUCCACUAAAAUAUGAAAUAGAUCCUGCAGAACUGACACCUCCCCUCCCCUGUUAUACAUCUAUGGACUGCGCUCAGGAAAGGUGGCUUAUAAAUUAAAUUUACAAAAAUCAUCCCAGUCAACGGACUGCUUCGCUAAGCCUCAUAACAGUGUGUUAUUAUGUCCAUUGAUUGACAAGAAGAUAUUGUGAACUGACUGCCUAGUAUUUGACCAUAGUCCAUUAUUGCCAAAUAUUCCAUGAAUUCAGGAACGUCUGACUGUAUAGGUGGCAGUUCCCCAUUUAAAAUUGUUUAUAAGGGUGUCCUUUCUUAGCAAGGCUGGAGUGCAGACUGCUUGUCCCCUAGCCUUGCAGCAGUCAGAGACAAAUCCAGGAGCCCAGCAAAAUUUGUUGGAGAAGCCCCAGAAUAAACAUUGUGAAGCAUUCAUUUAUGGAUAACAAACCAUCUCCUUUUAUUUUAUAUUCAGGUUUUUUGGUAUCCCUAGAUGACUUUUACAUACUUGGCAAUGGCUUGAUCAUGUUGCAGACCACAAACAGCGUAUACAACCAUUCUCUUCUCAAACAAGUGGUACCUGAGAGUCUCUUUGCAUGGCAGAGAGUCCGCAUUGCCAACAUGAUGGCCCACUGCGGAAAGUCCUGGGCACAAGCCUUCGAAAGGGAGAAUUCUGGUUGGUAUAUUUGAAGUGAAUCUCUUUGUGUACGAUUCUCUCAGUCCUCUUGCCCCAAAAGUUAAAAGUUUAACUGUCUCCUCACUGACUUUAGGUACUUAUAACAACCAGUACAUGAUACUGAAUACAAACAGGGUCAAACUGCAAGAGAGUCUUGGUGAAGGAACCCUCUAUGUCGUUGAACAGAUCCCAAAACUUGUGGAAUAUUCUGAUCAGACAAGUAUUCUCCGUAAAGGUAAAAGCUUCAAUAGGAGUUCUGGAGUUUGGGUUUGGUUUGUUUUUUUAAAAAGUCUCUGCUGAAAGUUGUCACUUUUGCUUAACUAGGGAGAAUUAGAAAAUAGUCUAGGAGAAAUUUGCAACACACCAGUAAUUCCAGAUUUGUAUUUGUGCAAAAAGGGUGUGUCUGUAGUAAUGUAAUGUUUGCAGGUGACUCUAGCACGCAGCAGCGUAAAUGAUAAUAGAUGGUGCUCAAAAGAUUCCACUGUUUUUUGGUAAAUGCUGAGAUUCUGUGGUAUUUCAGCCUCUCCAAGUGAAAUUUGCUUUUACAACUGUUACAUCCCUUCCAAUGUAAGUUCUGUCCCAUUCAUUUAUUUCCUUGUGAGUGACAGCAAGCUCUAGAAAGAGGAUUGUGUUUCUUGCAGUUCAGCUUUCAAAUUCAGAACUUUGGGAACUUUCAAGCAGUGUCCAAAACCUCUUCUCCAAUGCCCCUUACCCUUUCGUGUCUACUUUUACAGGAUACUGGCCUUCUUACAACGUCCCUUUUCAUGAAAAUAUCUACAAUCUGAGCGGAUAUACAGAGUAUGUUGAAAAAUACGGCCUAGACUUCUCUUAUGAGAUGGCUCCCAGAGCAAAAAUCUUCCGACGGGACCAAGGGAAAGUGACUGACAUGGAGACCAUGAAGCACAUAAUGAGAUACAACAGUAUGACAUUUUUAAUUAUUCUUUAACAUAUGGCCAGGGAACCCUUUUCUGCCUAGGAUGACAUUUCCUCUGGUGUAAUUAUUGAGGUCCAAAUGCCAGCAACGGGGCAGGGCAGAAGCUGAUGGUAGAUGGGGCCAUCCCAGUUUUUUAUCUCUCUUUCUGCCAUAGCCUGCUGUCUGUCCUUGCCACCCAUUUCUUUACUCUUCCUUGCCAUCCAGUGGGAGGGAGGGAUCACUCUUGUCAGAGGUGUGAUAUGAUCACUUCUAGAGCCAGUGUGGUGUAGUGGUUAAGAGCGGUAGUCUCGUAAUCUGGGGAACUGGGUUCGCGUCUCCACUCCUCCACAUGCAGCUGCUGGGUGACCUUGGGCUAGUCACACUUCUCUGAAGUCUCUCAGCCCCACUCACCUCACAAAGUGUUUGUUGUGGGGGAGGAAGGGAAAGGAGAAUGUUAGCCGCUUUGAGAUUCCUGAAGGGGAGUGAAAGGCGGGAUAUCAAAUCCAAACUCCUCCUCCUCCUCCUCCUCCUCCUCCUCUUCUUCUUCUUCUUCUUCUUCUUCUUCUUCUUCUUCUUCACUUGCAGAGGGCUUCUGAAUCUAGGCUGAUGGCACAGGUUGUCCACCCCUAUUUUACAAACAUUUCCCCUCCCAUCUCCACAACGUGAAAAGGCUCAUUGUAAGGGAUUAGCACUGCCAUCAUCUGUAUGCUUGCUAGCCUUUUCAGGCAACUCAGAAAAAAAUCAUAAGAGUUUUCCUUUGCUGUUUCGGUUUCUGAACCGAACUGGGACAAGGAAAGAAAGUUGUUGAACUUUAACUACCUGGAUACAGUUUUGAGGUGGGAGCCCAAAUCUAACAAAAUAUUAGUCCCCCCCCUAAAGAAGUUCUCAGAUCUUUAGGUUUGGUCCCUUACAUUUCUGUUUAUUCAGCAUCCAUUGUGAUUUGCUUGCAGAAAGUUUACGCAGAGGUUAGAUUAUACCUAUUCAGUCUGAUUUGUUUGAGGGUGUUUACAUGUCUUCUCAUUAAACACUUUUUCAUUCCACAGUUUUCAAAGCAUUUCUGUGUCCAAAACUUUAAAAAGCCUGAGGUGGUGGUGUUUUUAGGUAGAUUUUUUGCUAGGGUGACAAAGCGCUUUUCGUCCACUUUAAAUGUGCAGACUGGAAGUUUUGGUAUGCAAUCAAAUCACAUUCCCACAAAAUACCGACAGUCUGGAGAGCUUCAUUAAUGUGUGACCCCGAAAUUUUGGAUCCCCUCCAAACUGAUGCCAAGUCUGGCAGUCCCCACAGUGUUGUCAAAAUACCUCCCAGUGUGAAUGAGACUCAAGUUGAACUGUGGUUAAAAGCCUGUCUAUAAAUAUCUAACUCUGUGAGCAGUCAGGGCCGUUUGAAUUCUGCACUGUAACCCCUGAGGCAUUUGACAUCUAGCACAGAAUGGCUGAAGCAUUUGUUUUCAAUGCAAGGGUAUGAAUCACCAUUGCCUUUGCGCUCCUUUUAGCCCUGUGAUCAGCCCAGGCUUAGCCAUGAACCUCACUGAGUGAUCUUGGGCUUCUCUCUCUCUCUCUCUCUCUCUCUCUCUCUCUCUUUCUCACCUACCUUAUAGGACUGCUGUGAGAAUAAAAGCCGGAGAGGGCCUAAACUCUUUGAGGUCAGGCGGGAGGAUACGCUUGUAAAUUAACAAAUACAGUGGUACCUCGGGUUACAGAAGCUCCAUGUUACAGAUGCUUCAGGUUACAGACUCCGCUAACCCAGAAAUAGUACCUCGGUUUAAGAACUUUGCUUCAGGAUGAGAACAGAAAUUGCGCAGCGGCGGCCCCAUUAUCUAAAGUGGUACCUCAGGUUAAGAACAGUUUCAGGUUAAGAAUGGACCUCCAGAAUGAAUUAAGUUCUUAACCCGAGGUACCACUGGACAGAGAAAUGCAGUGGGUCCUCAUGGCUAUGAACACUUGCUUAAAUCCUCAUUCUCUGGUUCCUUUGUUUUCUAGACUACACAAAAGAUCCCUAUACAAGGCACAAUCCCUGUAAUACCAUUUGCUGCAGGGGAGACCUGAACCCUGAGUCUCCAAUGCCAGCUGGCUGCUAUGACUCCAAGGUAACGACUCCCAGAAGAACUGGCCUGUUCUAGAUGCUUGUGGGGAGGGUGGAUUCAUUCAUUCAUUCAUCCAUUCAUUCUUUCUCUCUCUCUCUCUCUCACACACACACACACACACUUCCUCCUCUGUUAUGUCAUUAUAUGCAGCCCAAAGGUAAGGACAGUGACAGAUUUAUAUGUGGGCUGGGCGGCUGCAGGCCAGGGCCUCAUAAUCUAGGUGAGCCUCAGCCUCUUGCCAAAAAAAAUUAGAAAACAGAUACCUAGGCUCAGUUGCUUGGUAACAUUCAACCUGUGACAUAUGAGUCUAUGACUCUGUAACAGUUACACAAGUGCAUAUUUAGUAUGUUUAGUAAAGUUUGUGGAGGCUUUAAAGCUUCUCAUAGAGUUAUAUGAUAAAUAAGUAGUGCUCUACUUUCAUUGAGUAGUAGAGAAAGAAGAGAAUGAGGUUUUGUUUCUCAUGAUCAGAUUCUAUUAAGUUUUGGGCUCCCAAGGUCUCCUAGCCCAGAGUUGCUUUAAUCCGGCCCUGGGUAAGAAUGCAGCCUGCCCUUUCCCACUGGAUCUUGUGGUAUUUUACGGUAUUUUAAAAACUGCUCUUUUUGUGCAGAACUCUUCAUGCACAAAAUAGUUAUAUUAAAAAAUAAGAUUUGCCCUUCUUUUCAUUGUAAGCCGCCUCGAGGCUUUGGAAGGGAGACAAAUAAAUUGAGAUAAAUAAUCAGGUGCAACAGAAGCCGAGCAAAAUGGAGAAGGAAAGAGGUUAGAUAAGUUUUGGACCAGUAGUGUGCUGGUGUUGAGAGAGAGAGAGAGAGAGAGAGAGAGAGAGAGAGAGAGAAGCUCUGUGGCUUUUUUUGAGGGGGGGGUGAUACUGCCCCCUUUCCUUUUACAAUGAAGUAUUCUCCUAUGAUCCUUCACAGGUAUCAGACCUCUCUAUGGCUAUGAACUUUGCAGCCUAUGCCAUUAAUGGACCAACUGUGGAAGAGGACCUGCCUGUGUUCAGCUGGACGCGUUUCAACAAAACAAAGCACCAGGGCUUGCCAGAUUCAUAUAACUUUGAUUUUGUCAUUAUGAAGCCAGUGUUGUGAAAUAAGCAUCAGAAGCUUUAACAUCUAGGGAGGGGGAAAUAAGUUUUUUUUUAAAAAAAAAUCUACGCUUUUACUGCCAUACCAAAUAAACUGGCCUGUGCCCACCUGGGAUUCUGCCUCAUGGUUUCCAAACUAGCAUUUAGUGAGAUGGAUGUAGGCCAAGAUGCCGUGCAAUGACAUCACCUGCCUGCAACAAAAUGAAAGUGCAGCAGAAAAUGGGAUGCAGACUACUCCAAAGCAAGUAACUUCGCUGCAUUUGCAGCUGUUUACUGAUCUCUACAGUAGGGAAGGUAGUUUCUAUCUUGCAGGAAGGGCUUUCAGUUCUUGAUAUUACACAUAACAGGUUCAAGUUCAGAUCAGACUGGCCUGAUCUGGUUCCCAGAAUAAGUUUUACGUGCCUGGUUACUGUGGGACCCAGAUGAAAGAUUCAGGAGUGGCCCUGCUGUUAGGCAGAAUGAGGUUGCCACCUCAAGCAGCAGAUGCUGGGGAGCAGGAGAGCAGCAGUGACGUACAGGAGAACAUUGUCGUCUUGCCACGUGCCCAAACUAAUAAGGCUCCGUUUACAAAACCUUAAUUUAAUCCAAGUUGCAAAUUUCAGCUUUUCUUAAUGUAGAAUUUCGUAUGCGUGUUUUGGGGUAUUUAAAGCCACUGACCAAGGAAAUGGCUGCAAGAAUAAUGCUCCUUCUCUUUCAGUGGAAUACAAAUCAAGCCUGUUUUCUGUAUCUUCAACAUAGUCAUGCAACAAGCAAGAAAAGUUGUGUUGCAGCUGUCGAGGUAACAUUGGGCAUACACGGAACACACUGGAACUGUUUGCUUCUCCACACCCCUAAUACAGAGACAGCUGUGCGAGGAGAGGAAUACCACCCACAGGUCAGCUUUCAGGAUGCUGGAUUUUGGCAACUUGUCCAGAGCAUGACAAUCACAAAGCUUCCCAGCCAAUUUCACCCCUUUACGCAACCUAGCUUGAAAAAGGAUCUCACUACACAGUUGCUCUGAAAGCAAGUGUCUGAUAGGCACAGGGAGAUUGCUUGAACCUACCCUAUGUUUUCUACACAGUUAUGUACUUUCAGCUGUGCUGGGCUCCUGGCUUUGUAUAGCAUCUCUGAAAAGCUACACUUGGUUCCAUGCCAGAACAAUACUUACGGAGAAGCGGUAAAAUAUGGUUUCUGGUGUAAUUAGAAGACUCCUUUGGGUACACAGCUGGAUGUACCUGCCUCUCGCCGCUCUGAUUUCGCUUUGUGUUCUUGACUAUAGUAAUCACUCCUCAACACAGAACAGGAAUUAUCUUUUUGACAUUUGGCAGCUUAAAUUGCACAGACGCGUUGUGACUGAGCACCUGCGGCUCUUGCUGAACGAUUUUAUUUGAACUAAGGCAAAGGAGAGAAUAUCUUCACACAAAUUUCAAACAUUUGAAACAUUCAAACAGUCUUUCCUUCCAGUGAAGUUCCAGAUCUUCAAAAUCCCCUGCAGGUUGGAACCUGAACAAAAAGACCAGCAGGCACCAGGUAGGACAGCCAAGUUUUCAUGCUCUGCUUUGAUUGGCUCUUGCAUUCUCUAUAGAAGCCACUAGGUGGCAGCAGAAUCUCAUGUGUGCUACAGUCUGAAGAUAGCCAAGCAAAUUUAUGGCAGCCCUAACACAAAUCUCAAGACCUCUAGUCCUCCUGUGAUAUAUAAACUAAUAAAUUAGUUUUAAUUCAGUAAAUUUGAAUAUUAUUUUUCCUCUAUUCAGAUGGAAAAACAAAGUCUCUUUAUUCCUUAAAACGGGUCUGGACUUUUUAUUAGAUAGAUAUAAAUUUAUUAUUGUGCCUUAAUUAACUUGAUACUUUCUACAGUGAUGGUACAACAGACUAACCCAGCUACCCUUCUGGACAUUAUCACAGAUGUAAUGAGACUUCAAUAUUAGGUAAAAUACAUACCCUAGAAGUGGAACAUAUAUCUGUUGUUGAUAUAUACUGCAAUCUUGCACAAUGUUAAAUUGCAGCUUCCAACUAUAUUUCGAUUAGAACUGCCUUAAGCAUUUUCUCUCCCCUGCACUCCUUUCCUGUUCCCCACCGCUUCAACCACCAGCUAGCAACCGACCAUACUCAACUCCUAUUGGUCUGUUUUGGGAUCCUCCGCCAUUGGGGUUUUGUUUGUGUUUCUGCAAACAUUGGGAUUCCCCCCCCCGGCCUCUUGCAUGGAGGAAAAAUGUGGUUUUGGCUAAAUAAGGUCAACAGAGAAUGAGGAAAGUAUUGCUUUCAGAACUUCCUGUUGCCAAGAGAUUUAUUUUGCACAUUAGGCCCAUCUUCUUUACGUCAUCUGUGGAGUCUCUAGGCAUACAUUCAGAACAAAAGGGCUUGAACUCCACCCAGACACUGCCCCCAUGGGAGGAACUGUGGUUGGGGUGACGGCUGCUCUUCCAGACAUCACAGCUGCAUUUAACACAGCCUGUCUUGUCUGCCUGCUUGGCAUCCCCCUUUCCUUUCUAUUUGUCUCACUUUGCUUCUUCCUCUCCAAGUAUGGUCUAUGUAGGGUCUUAUAAAAGAGGAAACAUGAAGCCAACACAAAACCUAGUAAAAUAAAGACACUUGUGCAAAAAGUUCCUUGUCACAUUCCUCACCUAGCUCAGCACUUGUCUACACUGUCAAUAGCAGCCGGAAGCUCUCCAAGAUUUCAGAUCCAGGUCUCUCCUGGGAUUGAAGCUACAACCUUUUGCAGGCAAAUGAGUAUCUAGUGACCCUGAAGGGCGAAGUAGCCUGUAGUGUAAAUUGUCAAAGAUGCCUCGUUUAUCUAAGCAUCAGACAAGAAGCCAGCGACAUUCAAAUGAUUUGAAGUCCUCUGUCAUUUGUAAGGCAAGCAAGUUGCUAAACAGGUAGACUUUUCAGCCUUUGAACCUCUCAAAUGAUAGGUCGGGUUUUCCUUCACUACAUUGGCAGCACAUGACAAGGUAGACAUCACAGGAAUUAUCUGUUUCAUUUGUAUCUGACUUUCCCUCCAAUGUGCUGUAGGUGGUUCUUUCUCCUUGUUGCAUACCCUCACAACACCCCUGUGAGGUAGGUUAGACUGAGACAGGACCACCAGCCCAAAGUUACACAGCUUUCAUCCUUUAAGCCCAUGUGCUACUUAAGGGGUCCCUGCAAAGGCUGCAGGAUAGUGAUGAGCUCACAACCCGAUAAUGGGACUCUGGGUUACAUAAUUUUCAAACACUUACUUAUUCAUUAAUUGCAUUUAUAUCCCACCAUUUUCUACAAGGAGAUCAAGGAAGAGUUCCUGCUUCUCCCCACUAGGUAUUGCUAGCCAAUUUGGCCCCAAGUGACUUAAAUAGUUUACUGCAUUUUAUACCUUACAGGUGUCGCUUAAAAGCAAUACAAUAAAACAACAACAAAAUAGCAAUAAUAGGCAGCACCUACAAAUUUAUCCCCUAGUAUAGGGGAUCCAAAGACUACUAUGAUUGUCUUUUCUUCUUCUGUCUCACAAGGGAUCAGUGUGUUCCUCAACAAAUAAAGCAACAAGUAGGCGAAGCCAGGGGAAGGGAACCCCAGCCCAGAGGCCACCCUCCAGCCAAUCAAGACUUGCUCAUGCAUCCUUUUUUCUUCACAUUCUCUCUUCUUCUCCUGUUCUGCCCCUUGCUUGAGGGCUUUUGCCAGUAUGGAAUGUCUUUGAACUAUGACAAUACCUCUUGCUUGACUGAAUGCAAUGGCGUCUGGUGAUUAUUGGGACUUGUAGGACAGAAGGCAGGGAGCCUAAUAAUAGGUGGCGCCAGAGCCAACUAAUUCAGGUUUUGUCGUAAUUCCUGCUGAGUUCUGCAAGAGUCAAUACUGAGUUGAAAGAGGAAGAGGAAGCUAUCUUCUCCUGGUCUGGGAGCAAGAAGGCAGGCAGAUGGGGGCUGACUGAAGGCAGGCUGAGGUUGGUGGGGUAGGGCCCCAUUUGCUGUAAUGGACCAACAUACACUGUCUGAAUCUAUAUGCAGCUGGAGAUGGGAGAAACCUCUAGCUUUUUCAUAGACAGACUAGUCUAUGCAUACUGAAAGCCUGCCCUUCCCCCUGCCCAAAGAAAUCCUGGCUGUACUCCAUACUCGCCACUCUAUUCUGCCUUGGUCAGACCCCACCUGGAGUCGUCUGCAGUUCUGGGUGCAACAAUUCAAGAAGGACAUUGACAAGCUGGAACGUGUGCAGAGGAGGGCAACAAAUAUGAUCAAGGAUAUGCAAACCAAUCCAACAGUUGAGGGAGUUGGGUAUAUUCAGCCUAGAAAAGAGGGGACUGAGAGGGAGAUUUGAUAGUCAUUUUAAAAUAUCUAAAGGGCUGUCACGUGGAAGAUGGAACAAGCUUGUUUUCUUCUGCGCCGGAGACUGGGACCCGAAGCAAUGACUUCAUAUUACAAGAAAUUCCAACUAAAUAUCAAGAAGAACUUUCUCACGGCAAGAGCUGCUCAAGAGUGGAAUGGUCUCCCUCAGAAGGUUGUUUGAUGGCCAUCUGUCAUGGAUCCUUUUGCUAAGAUACCUGCAUUGCAGGGUGUUGGACUCAGUAACCCUCAAUAAUCCUGGAAGCCCCUUCCAGCUCUACAAUUCUAUUAUUCAUUCUAUAUGGACAAAGAACACAUCCUAAAAAACUGCCAAGCAUUUCUUUACAGCUAGACAUUGCAGAGGACUGGUGGAGAGCUGUCUUUCAGGAUACUUUGUCUAAACCCUGAUGAGCUUGUAAAGGAAACUCUAGUUUCCCGCAAGGCAUCUUGAAAAACGCAACACUACGCCUGAAAGGAUAUCCAUAAUAUCCAUGUGAAUCAAGUUCAUUUUCAUGUUCAUUUCUGCAGGAGGCCUGGCCUGUUUUCAUU